CGAAGUCACACGCAGUGUGUUCCCGCCUCUGUACCGAAUCGCGCGCGUUUGAAAAUAAAUAAAUAGACGUGCAAAUAAACAUCUCAUUAAAAUAUAGUGAAGUCUAUUAUAAAAUUGAAGGUGUAAUUAAAGCGCAUUUGUAUGUGGUUUGAAACAAAAGGAAAUUCGACGAAUCAACUAAGAGACUCGCUUAGAUAAGAGUACACGUCAGGACCGAAAAAUAAAACAACCAAAGGAGAUAUUUGAAGCACAACCCUGGCUCCGAAAAGAUGACAAUGGAAACUUGUAUAAUGACGACAGCGAUCACAGUAUUAUCACUGGUUAUCACAGGUGUGUCGCCUCUAGAAUGCUACAAAUGUCUCAUCAACCCGCCGCUGGGAGAGAACUACAAAACCGCGACCAAUCUAUGCACUAACUUCGACUAUUCCGAUUCGUUUAUAGUGGACUGUCCGUUUUCAACAAUGUGUAUGAAGCAGGACUUCCAUCUCGACAUACAAAACGGAGUGAGAAUAGAAGGAGUACUGCGGGAUUGUGCACCGCAGAAGCACGAAUAUCAAGACUUCAAAAAUGGGAAAUGGUCUCCGAAGACAGAAGUAUUAGAGCCAUACAAGGAGGGGUGUUUCAGUGGCGACGACAAAGGAGAAAGAGUUACAACUAGCAGAUAUUGCUACUGCCGGGACAACUUGUGCAACUCAACUCCGAGUACGAACCAUGAAGGUUACACUGACAUCAUGGGUGUAAUUCUAGUCUUCAACCUCAUGAAGUACAUAAACAGUCUUAGGUAGUAAAUGGUGUUAGUAGACAAUUAUAGUCAGUUCGUGGUGAAUAUGUGAUAUUAUAUUAAUUAGUUUUAAGGUUGUAUAUUAAAGUAUUAUAGAAAAUUA